CAAUUUCCUUAAUAUUCUAUCUCUGUCACUUAUGCUUAACUGCAGAGCAGAGAGGUUUGGUUGGUGAGAACAAUGGAGCACAAUUCUGGAAUUCGAGUGACAAGGGUGAAACUGGGCUCACAAGGCUUGGAGGUGUCUAGACUGGGGUUCGGCUGUGGGAGCCUCUCAGGCAUACUGAAUGCUCCUCUCUCCCAUGAAGCUGGGGCCGCCAUACUGAAAGAAGCAUUCAACAAAGGCAUAACACACUUUGACACUGCUGAUAUCUAUGGCCAAGAUGGUGACAAUGAGAUCUUGCUGCAAAAGGCUCUGAAAGAUCUCCCUCGCGAGCAAGUUCAGCUAGCAAGCAAAUUCGGCAUCUUCAUGACCAACACGAACAAUGUUGAGGUCAGGGGAGACCCUGAGUACGUCAGGCAAUGCGUUGAAGCCAGCCUCAGGCGCCUCAACGUGGCUUACAUUGAUCUGUAUGAAGGGCACCGCGUUGAUAAAGCCGUGCCAAUAGAGGAAACUAUGAGGGAGCUGAAGAAGCUAGUCGAGGAGGGGAAGAUACGUUACAUCGGGCUGUCUGAAGCUAGUGCUGGCACGAUCAGGAGAGCGCACGCGGUGCAUCCCAUCACUGCAGUGCAAAUGGAAUAUUCUCUUUGGAGUCGAGAGAUUGAGGAGGAUGUCAUUCCACUUUGUAGGGAACUUGGAAUUGGUAUAGUAGGCUAUAGUCCACUUGGUCGUGAAUUCUUUGGUGGAAAGGGAAUGGUGGAGAGCUUGCCAUCCCAGAGCCUCUUGGUGUUGCAUCCGAGGUUUACGGGCGACAAUCAAGUAAAGAACAGAGGUGUAUACACCCGGUUUGCCGGCUUAGCUGCUAAGCAUUCGUGCACUCCUCCUCAACUAGCUCUGGCUUGGCUUCUCCACGACGUCGUUCCCAUCCCGUCAACGACCAAGAUUGAAAAUCUUGAAGCUAACAUUGCGGCGUUGGAGGUGAAGCUCAAAGCAGAGGAAUUGAGAGCAAUAGUUGUUGAACAAGUUGGUGGUGAUAGGGAAUAUGACAUCUUUUCUAAGUAUAUUUACAAGCUGGCUGAUACCCCAACUGUAUGACAACUUAUAUUAUUAUUGAAACUACAAUUUUAAUUUUA